AAUCAAACCAAAAGUCAUGUGACAACCCGUGACAGCAAAUAAUUUUUACUGUUUUUAUUUUGGCUGGGAGUUUUUUUGGAGUUGGCCAAAUUCCUUUAAUUUCUUCGUUCCUUUUUAAUUUCUUUGUGUUUUGUGUAAAGUAAACGAACAAAAUGGUUGAAGCCUAUGUCCCUCCCUUGAUCAUCACCUGCAUAUGGGCUUUUAUUGGUAUUAUUUGUCCAUUUUUCGCCAGAGGACCUAACAAAGGUAUAACCCAAUGCUGCCUAAUGUUGACCGCAGCCACCUGUUGGCUCUUCUGGCUGUGUUGCUACAUGACUCAAAUGAAUCCCUUAAUUGGCCCCAAGCUAUCUAUGAAUGAAAUCAUGAUUAUUGCCCAGGAAUGGGGCAAUCCCAUUAAAGAUACUAUUGACAUUACUUACUACUAAAAGUAUACUGUGGUGGCUACCAAUCGUUUCGAGAUCAUAGCUCUACUACAUUUUGAGGGUGUUCCUUUCAAUAUAACAUAUAUAGUCCUAUAUUUGUCGAAAAUGUCUCUAUAGGUUUCAAUUUCGUAUAUGUAUAAACAGUAUCUAUUCUUUUCAAUGUUUUUUGUUUAGUUAUGUACGAUUCAUUCGAUUCCAUAAUGUGCCUUACGAACUUACAUAUGUGACCUUGAAAAGAAACAGCACAAAUUUUGUGUUAUAUAAAUCCACUAUUCAUAAAAAGCUAUUUGUUAAUUAUAAAGCAAUAUACAGUCAUAUUCUUGUUACAAUUAAUUUUUGGGAAAAACUGUUAUUAAAUAAAAGAAAGUAAUAUAUUUUGGAAA